AUCUUUUAGCCUCGAUACCAGGCCGCACUGAAGAUGAGGUUUAGGGCUGGUUUGGUCUCGAGCUCGAGCUAGCUAGCUGAGUGGGGAUGUAUAAUCAUAGAUAGAGUACUCAAUCUAUGGUAUGAUGUCCAUCACUGGCAGUACUGUUGUGGCUGAAAAUAAAGCUGGAGUGCUCCUUACGUACCUACCAUCCGUACAGUCCACUCUGGUAGAGGAUCCUUAUGGUCACUGCAAGCCAUCAGUCAAAAAGAAACGCAAACGAAAGACAGAGAGGAUGCUAAACAAAGGAGAGUUGGAGCUACAGAAACAUCAUAGUCAGAUUUCAGAAUGGUUGUCGAGUUGCCACCUGUCUCUGUCCUCAUUGGGUACGCAAAAUGGCUACUUCCCUGUUACUCAACCACAGCUAUCUUCCACACCUCUCGCAACAGUUCCUGAGGUUGACCUGGUCUCGCUGUGUAAUCUCGAUGCACUGACCACAGCACAAGAAGAAACCAGCACCUACAUUUUAAAAGGUGAUGAAGACAGUGUGGAACUAUUUGGUCAUGUGAUAUCAAACAAAGGAUCAUGUGAUGUCACUGUGUCCGCACUAGGAGUGAGGUUCACUGUCCCAGGUCAGAGUUCAUUUCUGUUAUCUGAUGUGAGUAAGAUGCAUCAGUUGUCGACACUGCCAUCGCAGUCCUUCGGUCUAGUUGUGAUGGACCCUCCCUGGGAGAACAGAUCGGCCAUCCGAGGAAAAAAAUACUCUUGGUUGAGUAACCUUCAGCUGAUAGAUCUCCCGGUACCAGGGCUACUGAUUGAGGGGGCGGUGGUGGCGGUCUGGGUGACUAACAAGAGGAGCAUUGCUCAGUUUGUCAGAGAGAUAUUGUUUCCACACUGGGACAUUGAGUACAUCGCAGAGUGGCUCUGGAUAAAGGUAACGACAAAGGGUGAGCUGGUUUGGCCCAUGGACUCCGCCCACAAGAAACCAUACGAGUCUCUUCUGAUUGGUCGAUUGAGAAGCGCUAACGAGAGUGACUCCCCCAGUGGACCCCCCACCAAGAUAAGGAGAAUAGCCUCAGGGAAGCUACCCCCCACCCAGUACUCCCUCAUGGCCGUCCCUAGCUGCAUUCACUCUCAGAAACCAUAUCUUGGAGAUGUGCUGGAUAGGUACGCUCCCAAUGGUGGGGGGAGACUGGAAUUGUUUGCCAGGAACCUGCUACCAGGCUGGACCUCUUGGGGAAAUGAGGUGCUCAAGUUUCAAGUACAGAGAACUUGAACUAUUACACAUGCAUGUAUACUCAGCACACCAUACUUAUGCUAUACACUCAUUCUCAUUGGCACAUUUUCAAUUUA